AGAUCUCACAAAUAUAACAUUGCUGAGAUUUAGCAAUCCCGCUUCUCCAAAGAAGAAAGAACGAGUAUGCCGCCCGCCUUAACAGAAGCCGUGAGUUUGUAACGGCCUGCACAUGCCCACAACACACACCUGGUCUUGGAUGUGAUCCUGCAUGCGCACUCUGCGAGUCACCACCACAACAUCGCCGGUGAUGGCCUCUCUGCACGGAGCGCGCGCAUGCGCAGGCUUAACGAGUCAAAACAAACCUCAGAUCGAUCAUCACGGCGUCGAUCAGCCACUGCCAUUCUGGAGACCGCGAUGCAUUGCUCCGCCGUGCUCUUGUUCCUCCUCGUCCUCCCCCGACCCCGUCCAGCCGCGGCCGUCGGCGCCUCCGCCCCCGCCCCCGCCCCCGCCCCCGGCAGGAGCAUGAGCAUCACGCCGUCCCCCCUCCUGCCGUGCCUGGAGGAAGUGCUGCCGUGCACGGCGUACCUCAAGUCGGCGGGGCGCCCCGCGCCGACGUGCUGCACCGCCCUGAGCCGCGCUGCGGCCACCGAGAUGCCGUGCAUCUGCCAGCUGCUCGCCGACCCGGGGAUGCUCGCCGACUUCAACGUCACCAGAGAGCAGGCGCUGGCGCUGCCCGCACGCUGCCGCCUCCCCGUCGGCUGCCGCGACAGCUCCGUCGGCAUGCCCGACCCAGGUCAGUUCCCGCCGACGUGCGACGCGCGUCUCAGCCAUAAUUUGCAAGGAAUCUGACGCGCCAAGAGUUUUGCUCUCAGUUGUGCAGGCGCCGCCGCCGCCGCCCGCCGUUCGGACGGCGCCGCGCAAUACUCACGCCGGCGAUCCGUCGGGCGGCGACCGGUGCUGGACAGGAAGCGCCUGGCGCGCGGUCUGGACGAUGCUGUUUGGCGAAUUGUUCUCGUUUGGUGUGUUGCUUUAGGCUUCUUGGACGACCGCGCGAAGCCGUUGGGACUGAGGAGCGUUCUGCUCGCUGCAUUCAGCUCAUGAUCGUGUACACUUGCAGAUAGUUUGUUUGGUCUUCACAUUUUCAGGGUAGAGCCUCUAGGUCUUUCGUGCUAGGAAAAUUCACUGAUUGUUGCUUAUUAGCUCAUUUAAAUGAGCAGUGCUACCAAUAGUGGUUGG